AAGAACUUUAACUUUGGUUUUUGUUUUGGUUCCUGGGGUGAAUUUUCUGUUGAACCUUUUUCCCUCGUGUUAAAAAAAAAAUUUUUUUUUUGCAUUUUUAACACUUUGAAUAUAAAAAGUAUAAGACUCCAGCCUUUGAAAGGACUGAGGCGUGCAUCAGACAGCAGAUGGAUCCAGUGGCCAGCAGCUGCAUGAGGGGCCCCCAUCCCCCGGCCCCGGUCUGGGGCUGCCUUCGAAACCCUCACUCAGAAGGCAGUGGGGCCUCAGGCCUCCCCCACUACCCGCCAACCCCGUUCUCCUUCCACCAGAAACCAGACUUCCCAGCGACAGCAACGGCAGCGUACCCUGACUUCUCGGCCUCCUGCCUGGCGGCCACCCCACACAGCCUACCCCGGGAGGAGCGCGGCUUCACUGAGCAGCACCCCGCCUUCCCACAACCCCCCGACUGGCACUUCCCUGUCUCGGAGGCCCGGCAUAGGCUCAACCCGGGCCCAGCAGGGGGCUCCAAGGAGAUGGGAGCCAGCAGCCCAGGCCUGGUGGACACCACGGGAGGCCCAGGCGAGGACUACGAGGUCCUUGGGAGCACUGCCAAUGGGACGGAGAAGAAGUCAACCAGGCGGAAAAAGGAGAGUUCAGACAACCAGGAGAACCGAGGGAAGCCGGAGGGCAGCAGCAAGGCCCGCAAGGAGCGGACAGCCUUCACCAAGGAGCAGCUGCGGGAGCUCGAGGCCGAGUUUGCUCAUCACAACUACCUGACCCGGCUCCGGAGAUACGAGAUCGCUGUAAACCUGGACCUCUCCGAGCGGCAGGUCAAAGUGUGGUUCCAGAACCGAAGGAUGAAGUGGAAGCGCGUGAAGGGGGGUCAGCCCAUCUCCCCCCAUGGGCAGGACCCCGAGGAUGGGGACUCUGCCGCCUCUCCAAGUUCAGAGUGAAAUUCUCCAGGGAGAAAAAAAGGACUGAGGACUGAGCCCCGUACCAACUACCCCCACCCCAAUCCUACCUUCACCUUCUCCCACCCAGCCAGGGCAGCCUCUCCACACCUCGCAGUGACUCUUGGAUAGGAAGCUGCCCAGGGUUCCUGGGAACCUUGAAGUGUCCCAGAAAGCUCUGUCCAGUAUUGCUCUGUCUUAGCGGCCCCUUCCCCAGGGCCUUUGCUUCUCACAUUUCUCAUGGAGUCAGUCAUACAGCAGCCAGAACGGACCCUAGUGAAUCCCGGGAAUAGCUCCAGGGACACUGUUUCUCAGGGUCUCAGCUGCCACUCAGGAACACAGAUGCCCCCAAAGAAAGGAAAGGAGACACACACACCCUAGACCACCCUUCCUUUCUGGGCUCUAUAUCUGAGGCUUUGGGGGACCUCAAAGUUCCCAAAACCCCAGGGAAAAUCAUUGUGAGGAAGUUUGAGGACAGAAAGUUAGCUGCUACAAAUCAGAAGCCAUCCCUGGAUCUAAAUCUGCUGGUGAAAUGGGCAAGUUCAUGAGCAAUAGCUAGAAGCAGACAGUCAGGAGAACAGCCUGGUGUAGGUGUCUGUGGUCCCCACACAGGCUUUUUACACUGGCUUGACUGGGUUAUGAGAAUGGACCUAGGACAGCACCAGCUUCUUCAAAAUCAAUUCAGGGUUACACCCAGGACUGUUGAGCAGGACCCCCAGAACACCGGAACAGCUAUUCCUUUUAAAUCUAUAAUUUCUGGAUUGAAAACCUAUCCAGGUGCUCACAUUAUUGAGUGAGGGCUGGAGAGGGUCCCCUAUAUUCUAAGAACGAAGUGAUUGCUUCAUG